UCGGUUGUCAACCUGUUGAUCAUCAAGCAGGCCACGUGCGCGACGCGCUAGAAGUUUCGCGAUCGCGGCAAACGCUUCGCAAGCGUUGCAAUUGGUUAACGUUGCGCUAGUCACGUGGAUCUUCGUCUUUGGGGUAGUUUGAGGAUCGCUGGAGAGCUGAGAGUUGUUCUGCUUCUGUCGACUUAUAUAAGUUUGCAAAGCCGUAGCGCAGUUUUCAAGGCUAGGUCGAGGCGCAUGCGCCGAUCUUCUAUUUUGGUUUAGAAUUAUGCUCGCGGAGUGAAAUGUCGAAAAAGUUGCCCGUUCGUUCCCUGGGCGAGCUGGCUCUGGCGGAACUGGCUCACUCGAUCGUGUCCGUCGUCGGGAACAUGCUGCAGACCACCUACACCUUUGGCGUUGAGCCGGACUUUACGCUGCUCCAGGUGGAGAUCAACUCGUACCUGGAGACCAUGGGUUGUAUCACUGUGAUUUACGAGGAUCUGCUGCGGGUGAUCCUCAGUUCGGACUCGCUUGAGGCAGCGAUACGGUUUUGUUGUCUGCAGAUGUUGCUCAACGAAGGCGUCACGACGCUGAAUACCGAGAUCUUCCCGUUUGCGUAUUACGAGAGGAUCUUGCAGGUGAUCGCUGCUCAGGGACGGGGAUUGAGACAGCUCAACAUGAAGGGUGUCUGGGUGAGGGAAGAAUACAUGUGCUUCAUGUUCGAGAUCAUCAAGGCGUUGCCGAACCUGACCAAGCUGACUAUCCCUCACGUGGCCAAUGACAACCUGCUGAAACACAUUGGAGACUACUUGAAGAACGUCCGACAGCUGGACGUUAGCGGAGAAACGGACAUCACCGAGAUUGGUAUCGAAUAUCUGAGCUACGGAGAGUCCAAGAACAUGCUUACGAUGGUAGACAUUGGAUCGCUUGGGGAGGAGAACAUUUGUCACACGGACGUGGCGAUAUUGUUAGCCAAUCUUCCCAACCUGGCUAGUUUGGGAAGUUACUCGUUCGUUGGACGGAGUCUUCAUCACAUACGGGAGCAGAAAGAUCCGGCGUUCAAGUGCAAGCUAGUGUACUUGCACGAUACGGACACCAAAGCCAAGAUCAUGGACGCCAUUGUGGGCACUUGUCCGAAUCUUCAGGAUCUCUAUCUGGACCGACCCGAGUCGGGAAUCCUGCAAAAGCUGAACGAUGUUCGCUUGCGACGGCUUAAGCUGUACAAGUUCAACUGUUCUGAACUGAUCGCGCUGACAAACUCCAUCGGCAAUUUCCUGCGUCACAUCACGCUGAUCAAAGGUCGCGGCACGAUGGAGAUCCAUGCUCUGGCACGAUCCUGUCCAACGCUCAUAGAUCUUGAUCUCUACAUGAUGGAUUCGUUGACGUUCUCCGGUGAUCGUGCCUUCACCGAUCUCCAAGGUCUGGAAAUCCUGAGCAGUCCCUUCUCCCAUCCCGGUCUUCACAGCUUCCUAAGCCAGUCCACCCGUCUGAAACGGAUCGCCAUCGACUGCGUAAUGUUCACCGAAGAGGAGUUCAGCACCCUUCUGAUCGAGAAAGAUUUCUACCAAUUGGAAGACGUCUGGUUCACCACAGCUCCCAAUCUCACCAUGGCAAGCAUCGAGAUGCUGAUGGAUCGCUGUCCGGAGCUGCAAAGCUUGGGCCAACUAUCCGGUUGGUCACUGACACCAGAUGACGUGACGCUCCUCCGCGCGAUCAUCAAGAGCUGCAACUCCGCCCUGUAUUUGCCCAUGGUUCGACUGUCCAUCACCCGACCACGAGCAUUCAUGCGUUAGCGUUAGCGUAAGACGUGCGUUAGAACAAGACGCUAAUGUUAUUGUUUUCCCUCUCUCCUUUCCCAACCCUCUCUCUCUCUCUUGGUCCGUUCCGUUCCAGAUCGUGCAGUCGCUCUGAUCCCCCACCCCGAUUCCAUCCAGUUCUCUCUCGCUCCGUCUCUUUCCGUCCAGGUUCGGGAAUCUGCGCGCCGCAGUGCAAUACACCCCAAAUGAGAUUAUCAAA